CUCCCCGCGAUGCCGAAGGCGACGGGCGCCACUGGGGGAGGGCACCCCGGGGAGUCCCCGGAGGGCCCCCCAGGCUGUGAGUUGGCGGGCAGCAGCAGGCAGAUGAAGAACAAAAAACAUAAUUCUGCUUCCCACGUGGCAACUUGCAAACUCCAAGCCGCUAUACCAGAGUCAUGCGUUCAGAGUCAUGAUUAUUCCAUCUCCAGUCAGGAUGCACAGUCGCAAAAACUCGAGAACCAGUUAAAAUCCUUGACCUUUCAAAAUCCAGGACCUCAGGUAGCUGACUUCAAUCCUGAAACUCGACAGCAGAAAAAGAAAGCAUGCAUGUCAAAGAUGAAACAAAAAGUUUUUUAUGAGUCCAAAUCUGCAAAGAAGUAUGACAAACGUGGCAGGCUGCUUUGUAAUAACAUAGAUUUAUGUGAUUGCCUGGAUAUUGAUUGUCUCGGUUGCUUCUAUCCUUGCCCCAAUUGCAACUCAAACAAAUGCGGGCCAGAAUGUCGCUGCAAUAGAAAAUGGGUUUAUGAUACGAUUGAGACUGAAGCUGGGGAUGUGGUCAGUGAGCUACCAUUUUUUGUCCCUGACUGAUUAUGUUCUGUUAGGUUUUGUACCUGAAAAUUUUUCGUUUUAAUUCAUGUUUUAUUAAAGUAAAUCACUACCUGAAA